CAGCGACACCGCCAACGUGCCGCCAACGUUCAAAUUUUAAAGCAAGUUGAAACUGGUUGAAACUUGCAUACACUUGCCGUUUAGGCGGUGCAAGCAGUACAAGCAACGACCUUUUCAGGCUCAGGUCACAGUGGUUCAACUGGUCCGAGUUCAAAUAUUAUAAAGCGAAGCAAGUGGCAGAGCAGUAUAGAAGUGAUAUAUCAACCCACGAUGUCGUUUUCGCGGGCAAAACUCAUGCGUUUCAACGAUACAAGAGAAUGUGGACCCGGUGUGGGAGACUACACCCCUGUCCAAAAUGACCCCAGACGAGCUGCAUCCUUCAGCACGGCAAAACAUUUGGGGGACAGCACCGGGUGUCUCUGGAGCAUCUCAACACCUGGAAGCUCAUUCAAGUCAAGGGCAACCUUGCAUGCGGAUCAAGUGGCCAUCGAAGCCAGCCUCAGCAAGACCAAGUCCGAGCUUUCUGCUUUGCAGAAGAAAUACGACGCUGUUAGAUCAAAACUCGAGACAGCAGAAAUGUCUAAUGCACACAUGAAGGACCAGCUUUCCAAGCAACUAGACAUGAUAUCUGGCCUACAGACAUCCCAGAAAUACACUCUGAAAGCCCUGCAAGACAUGUCAACAAACUUCAAAAGUUCACUCAACGAGCUAAAAACCCUCAAAGCAAAAUGUGCCACCUUGGCCGUGUCGCGUAAGAACUUGUGCAGAACCCGGGAUUCUAUGGCGGAGACAAUAGUGGAACUAGAACGAAGAGCGAAACAAUAUGUAAUAAUGUACCAGGAUCUAAAAAGAGAAAAUCUUCAACUUCAGGAAGACCUACGUGGCAUCGCCGACGGGACCCGACCGUGGAGAGUCAACUGUGAUCUUCUCCAAACCCGGGAGGAACCUUUCCAAGAAAUCUGCCGACUCCGUGAACAGGUCCUGAAGCAGACAAGGCACAUGCAGGAGCUGGAGGCUGAGGUGGUGCGUCUCUCUUGCAAAACCAUGCCCGGACCUCAGUUGAAGGAAAAUAUUAAGCCGUAAUUCAUCUUUGCAAGAUUUGGCAUUAUUCAGAUUCCCGUGUUUUGGGUCACCAGCACAAGACUGUAAAGCAUAUGCUUAAGAUUUGCUGAUUUACAGGUCAUCCACGCUGCUACUGUAGGGGAACCGUGAACAGAAUACAAAACUGACAGGUUCAAAAGCUGGAGGAGGUAGUGGUGCAGCACUGUUGGAAAACCACGUUUGGGAUCCGGGUCAAAAGGAAAUUUUAAGCCCUACGAACCACCUUUUUGAGAUCUUCAUGUUCCUACCAUCUGGUUUCUUUGCUUGAGAUUUUAACAAGACAUUCUGUAAUUUUGAAAUAAAAUUCUGCAUUCAGCAUGC